UCUGCAGUGAAAAUAGAUGAAUCUCCUGAGUGGUUACCUCAUGGAUGGAUUAUGGAAGUGAAAACUAAAAAGAAUGGUUCACAAUACAAGUGCUAUAUUGACCCAGCAACUGGUCACAAGUGUUAUUCAAAGCCAGAGCUGUCUCGAUAUCUCAAAGGUGUCAAGUGCAACAGCGGCAAAACCAAGGAGGACAUUGGCUCUAUUAGCAACCAUGACCUUGGUGGUUCAACUGGGGAGGAAUCCUCUUUGAAGCCAGAUGUUUCUCAAAAUAGCAAAAAUGUUGUGGAUGAGAUUCUCUCUUUGGAAGGGCUUCCACCAGGAUGGAUUAAAGCAAUAAGGACUAGAAAAUAUGGGAAUGGUAUAAAGAAAGACCCGUAUUACUUUGAUCCUGAAAGUGGAUACAUGUUCCGUUCCACAUUGGAUGCUAAGCGAUAUCUGGACACUGGUGAUAUUGCUACAUGCAAAAUCAAGCCACAGAAAAGGGACAACAACGAUAUGGUGGCACCGAAAAAUGAUGACAUCUGGUGCUACAUUGAUCCAGCAACUGGAAGCAAAUUUUACUCGAAGGCAGAACUGUCUAAGUAUCGCGAAACUGUACAGUGCGACAGUGGAACAGCCAAAGAGAAGGAAAUAGACAUUGGCUCUAUUAGCAAUUCUGCAGUGAAAAUAGAUGAAUCUCCUGAGUGGUUGCCUCGUGGAUGGAUUAUGGAGGUGAAAACUAAGAAGAGUGGUUCACAAUACAAGUGUUACAUUGAUCCAGCAACUGGGUACAAGUGUUAUUCAAAGCCAGCGCUGUCUCGAUAUCUCAAAGGUUUUAAGUGCAACAGUGGCAAAGCCAAGGAGGACAUUGGCUGUAUUAUCAAUCAUGACCUUGGUGGUUCAACUGGAGAGGAGUCCUCUUUGAAGCCAGAUGUUUCUCAAAUUAGCAAAGAUGUUGUGGACAAGACACUCUCUCUGGAAGGGCUACCACCAGGAUGGAUUAAAGAGAUAAGGAAAAGAAAAUACGCGAGUGGUACAAAAAAAGAUCCGUAUUACAUUGAUCCUGAAAGUGGAUACAUGUUCCGCUCCACAUUGGAUGCUUUGCGAUAUCUGAAAACUGGUGGUAUUGCUACAUGUAAAAUGAAACCAAAGAGAAUGGACGUCAACGAUAUGGUGCUUAAACAUGAGGACAUCUGUGCUCCAUCCGCAGUUGGAGGGAAGAAAAGGAAGCAUUCUACUUCCAAAAGACGACUAUUUGAAGGUAAAGAAAGAAGCGGUAGUAGUGGCUUAGCAGCAUUCGAAGCCAAGAGCUCAAAGGAAAGGCGAACCAAUGGUUUUAAGAGAAAACAUGGUUUGACAGUGUCUGAAAACGGGUCUGCUUCUACUCCUGCAACUGAUAUUUUUCCAGAGGAGACAUUGCCCCAGAAUGUGAUGGAAGAGAAUAGCAAGAAAAAGACGUGGAUUGGCUCGAGGAAUUCCAUGGAAAGAGGGCUUAGGCGAACUUCAAAAAGGCUUGCUGGGAUUAAACCUGAGAUUCAGGACAAAUUGGAAUCAAGUGAAAGUGCUCUGGCUGCAGCCAGGAAGUCCACUGAAAUAGAAGCCAAUCCAUCUCCCACUUUGGUCCUGGAUGGUGCAGCUAAUAGAGUGCCCGAGCUUGUGACAGAGCUAGAAGCAGAGACCACAAAAGGUCAUGCUUCCAUAGACAAAGAAGCUGUGUUGGAUAUAGAACCAUCGAUCGAAAACAAAAGGCCUGUGGAUAUAUCGCAAGUGUCACUAGGAAUGCAGACAACUGAGAAACAAGAUGAGGGGAAGCCAGAAUCCCAAGAUUCUCGAGGCUUAUAUUCAUUGGGAGACUCUUGGUCAGAUCCAUGUCUAGACUUUGCAUUCAAGACUCUUACAGGGGCAAUACCAGUUGAAGAUAAUCCAAUUCAGGGGCAUCUCCAGCAACAACCUGACCCUUCUUCUAUCCAAGAAGAGGGUUGUUUUGGACUGCCCGAGUCUGGCAUGCCCAGCUUUUUCCAAAAUGAUGUUCCAGCUCAGGUUGAUUCACCCGAGAAACGUGUGCCCCCGCUGAAUCCUGCAUUCGUGCCCCAGGGAAAUGCCAACAUACCCGGCUGCAGCUGGCUUCGUCCUCAGCAACCUAGCUUGGACCCGGGGACCAGCAACAUCAGACAAGGGUGA